UUUGGCAUAGCUGCCAUGUUUCCAAUACUAGGAUUGUUUUUGGCAUCACCGGCUAUACCGAAAGUUUUGGACAUUAUUAAACCAUUGAACGAAACUCGUAAUCUCAUAUAUUUAUACGAAACGGAAUAUUAUGUUGAUCAAGAUGAAUAUUACGUCCCCAUUCUUUUGCACGCGUAUUUUACUGUUCCGUUGUCUGUUGGUGGCAUCGUUUUUUUUGACAACAUGCUCGGGACAUUUAUUCAUCAUGCUUGUGCAAUGUUAGAAAUACUCAGAUUUGCAUUGGAAUUAGAUGCAUCUAUAAAUAUUGCUUACUUCAUAGUAUUGGGGUUAAGUUUAUUAGUUCUUACUGUAACUGGUAUGACGACAGUUAUAAAACUGCAUCAACCUGACGAGGCAAUUAAAUUUGGGGCAUUUACAAUGGGCGCAUUUUUUCAUCUAUUUUAUAGCAGUUUUCAAGGACAAAUACUCAUUACACAAAGCGAAAAAGUUUUUAACUCUAUUUAUGAAUCUGAAUGGUAUAAUCUCCCUCGUUAUCACCAAAAUCUGCUCAAUAUUAUUCUAUUGAAAAGUAUUAAACCAUUCACAGUUAGCGCAGGAAAAUUAUAUAUUCUAUCAAUGGAUACAUUUAGCAUUGUACUCAAAAAUGCCAUGUCUUUUUUCACUGUAUUAUCUUCAAUGCGUUAA